CAACAAGAGUUCACUCCUGUUAGGAGAGUAAAAAUCCAUCUUGUCAAAGAUUACUGAGAGCUGCAGAUCAACAAACUUGCAUCAUAAAGAACGAUGGCAGCUGCUGUUGGACUAUUGCUUCUGUUACUGGGAGUCUCUCAGGGUUUGGCAGCUCACUGUGACGGCAGAAAUUAUGGAGCUCGGUGUGAUGUAACUGUGGGAGAAACUGUGUUUCUACAGCUGGUUGCGAAUCUUUCAGAAAUACCUAGAUUUGAACUGAAAAAGGAACAAUCAAUAAUACUAAUAUGGAGGAUAAAUAAUAUAGUGACUAAUACAAUACAAGACAGAUCUGUCUUUAUUCCCAAUAAUGCAACAUUUAUAAUCAACAACCUGAUCCAGAGUGACAGUGGUGAAUAUAAACUCGAAAUCUUUGGUUUAGAUGGAAAGUCCACAGAAAAUUGGACUCUUCAUUUGAAUGUUGAAGGCAAUUCCUUGGUGAGGAUUGGAGUUAUCGCUGCAGUGUUUUGUGUUGUUUCUGUUUGCUUAAUCACUUCAACUGUCAUCUAUACACUGCAGAAAAAACAAUUAAAGAAAGAGGAUGGAGAUCCGGAUGAUUUAACCUACGCUGUUGUCACAACAGUGCCGCAGCCAGAUAGGAGGCUGGUGAAGGAAAAAGUGGAAGAAGAGGUGGAGUACGGCCAGAUCAAGUCUGCAGGCUGAUUUCAGCUGUUUAAAACCUACAUGAGAACUGAAUUAGUUCAAAGACUGUAGAAUUUCCUGAGGACAGAUAGAAGAAGGUGAUGGAAGAUGCCUUAAUAACGUUUUUUAUUUUCCAAUAAAGUUAAUUAUUUUUUUGUCCCUAAGGACAUGCCUGACAUGUUUCAAUGGAAAACGUCCAUCUUCAUCAGAGGUGUCACUAGAUGGUACGUGUCCCAUAGCCCACACAACUAUGAUAGGGGACGAGGGGGCCUUCCAGUUUUCCCUUAACUGGAAUACCAUCCUCCAGCAGUGAGCCAGACGCAGGGGGGGAAUUGUGUCAUUAUAUUAACAGGCUGACACCGCCUCAGGGAACAACAGCUGAUUUUGACAUGUCAUAUACCAUCUAGUGAUACCGCUGAUGAAGACGGAGGUUUUCCAUUGAAACGUCUCAGGCAUAUCCUUGGGGACAAAAAAUGUGUCUAAUAACAAAAUAAGCUAGAGACUGCUUUUUUUGUUUAUUCGGAUUUUCAUAUUAGAAACAUUCAAACCAUCAAAGCUAAAAAAGUCUGCUCUUGCUAUAAAUGUAUUUGAUCAUCAUAAAGCUUUAUUUGUUGAUUGUCACCCAAAAUAUUACCUGACCUUCAAAUAAAUCCUGGGAAACAAGACAAGUUCAUUGUAGUUUUGCCAGUUUGGGAAACUGCAUGUUGGCUAAUUCUUGUAGCACAAAACAUGACCUGAAAUUAUUUUUGGACUACCAAAAAGAGGAAAAUAGAGGCAGAUUUUGUUUCUCUGUGGUUUAGUUCUUGGAGUCAAACAAUAUUAACACCAAUAAAUUAUGUAUAUAUGUAUACCCAAAGUUACAGUAAAGGUGUGUCUUGUUUUCUUUUUCCUCCCCCUAAAACUUAUGUUCUACCUGUGAAAGUGUCAAUUUCAUGUUUGUCAUAAAUAUCUGCCUAUUUAUAUUCUAAACUGGACUAUUGCAAUAAAAUUUGCUUUUGACAAUUUA